AUGGUGGCUCUCGAGUCGGUCGGUACCGCGGCAGCAGUGCUUCAACUUGCCAGCGCUGCGGUCAAGGCCUCUGUUAGUCUCCAUGGAGCAAUCACAACAAUAAAAAAUGCUCCCAAUGAGAUACUAAAUCUUGGCAACGACCUCAUAGCGUUAAGUUCGCUUCUGAAAAACCUCGAACUUGCCCUAGAAUCACCCGAUGCACGGAGGAUUGUCGACCAAGAUAAGGCGAUCAGCAGCGCGAUGGAAAUUUUGAAAAGCCUUAUCACUAGUUGCGAGAAAUCUUGCCGGGAAGUGAAGGAGAAACUACAGUCUGCUCUCCAGGGCGGGAGACCCAACAAUGAUCCGAUUGAUGACACCCCAGGAAGUGACCUGUUGAGCUCCGGCCUACUUAUCAAGGAAGGCAUCGAUAUCCGCCGGUCUAUCGGGUGGCUAUUUAGGCGGAGAGGGAUAUUUGCUGCCAUAGAAGGCUUGCAACAGACAAAAUCCCUUUUCUCGCAGUCUAUGGGAAGCCUCACACUUAUUCUUGUCAUCAAAACCGUCAAGUUGACCAGUAAUGGGGAGGCUCCGCCUCAAGUGGCGUACCCGUUUAGUGAUGAUGCUGGUUCGGCCAUUAUGGACUUAGUGAACGCCCAUCCAUCUCCGGCGGAGCGUCUUUCGGUAAGCAAGAGCAGCUCGGUUCUCUCCCAGCCACCUACACAAGAGCCAAUAUCCGGAAUGCCUGACCCUCACAUGACCGAGGAGCUUCUCGCGGCUGUUAGGCGUGGCACGAUCCCGGUGGUGGCAAUCCUACUGCGAAGUGUUCAUGUUAAUGCCCAGGACGCCAGAUACGGACGCACCGCGCUCUCAGUUGCAGCUGAGACUGGUAACGUUCAGAUGGCUGAACUUCUCCUUGAGCAUGGAGCAUCUGUACGUACCCGGCAGUAUAGUCGUAGCUCUUGGGAUGACGGUCAGUCGCCAAAUGAGACGGCAGGGCGCAAUCCACUACACUGGGCAGCGAAGAAAGGGAACUCAGAUAUGGUUGAGCUGCUUCUAAAACACGGGGCGGAUCCAAAUUCGACCACUAGCAUUGGGAACUCGGCCCUUAGGUGGGCAUGUGCUAAUCACGAUACACGAUCGGUCCGGCUGUUGCUCGAGAAUAAGGCCGAUGUAAACCUGCGAAGCUUCUACGAGGGCUGGAGGCCUAUCCACGAAGCGUGCCAUGGGAACUCAUUUGAGAUUGUUCAAAUUCUACUCGAGUACAAACCCUUACUUGAUGUGAAUGUUGAGUUUUACGGUCACAGAAAAUCUCCAUUACACUGGGCUGUACACUGCCGCAAUAUAGAUAUUAUGAAAGCCCUGCUUUCUAAUGGGGCAGAUUCCGACAACAAUGGUAUGUUUGAGAACCAAACACCCUUACACCUUGCUGCUGCUGCGGGCUGGCUAGAUGGAAUCAAACUUCUUCUGGAUUCAAAUGCCUCAAUCAAUCCUAUGGAUGCAUUUCUUCGCGAAACUCCGCUUCACAAGGCAGCUCGCAACCUUAAGGUGGAAGCUUGUCAGCUGUUGUGUGCACGUGGUGCGGAUAUAGAGAGGAAAAAUGUCGAUGGUCAAAAUUAUGAAAGCAUUUUGAAUUGCGCACGGCAAUAUCCAGAUGAGUGGAAAGUGAAUCCUAAUGAGGUGUAUUUUCUAUGUACUUAG